AUCACCAUUUCAUGGCAGGCGUUUGACGCAUUUGUUAAAAUUUCGACUUUUCGUGACAGCACGUCAUUUUCGACAUUUGAUUGAUAAUUUUCUAAAGAUCCAUCAAAUUAGUUUGUUUGAAAGUUAGUUUAGGUCCGAAAUGUUAACAUUUCAUUAGCUUUAUAGUUUUAUUACGAUGUGAUAUAGUGGGUACCAUUUUAGGUUGUAUCUAGGUGGUCCAUAAUGACUGCCCAAAAAUGUGUAGUGGAAGGUUGCAACUUGGAGUACGACGUUGUUUGCAGCUUUUCCUUCUACAAUGUAAACACCGGGUCAGAUAGCGAGCCGAUACGUCAAGAAUGGAUCGAGGGUGCUAUGCAGGAGGAGAGCGAGUGUCUAUGGCGCCAUGUCAGUCUUCAGCUGUGCGGGUAUCACUUCGAGCUGGACGCACAAGGGCUAUGGAUCGACUCCCCCAUGCUGCCAGAACUGCUCACGCUGCAGGAACAAGUGGCUCCCAUCACACCAACCGCCAGCGACAAGAGAGGCCGGGACCCAUCGGGCGGCUUCCAAGGCCUAUUCGAACGAUUCAUAGGCAGGAACUCUAAAGCCGCCGAUAUAAUCCGGAUGGAGCAUAACUACAGCGAGGAGCCUCCGAAGCAUGAUCCCCCGGAAAACGUCUCCAGGCUUAAUGUUCGCCAGCUGGUUGACACGCUUGGUUAUCUAUCUCUAAAGAACUUGCAACGCAAGCAGUUGUGGGUGGUCAAAGUGGAGACGGACAAGGCUGAAGCUUCCAUCACUCAAGCGGAGCAGGUCAUCGCCAAGAUGCAGGACCCCAAGCAGAUCAUAGAGAUCAUACCACAACCUCAGGCGGAAGCGGAAGACCAACCAGCUCAGAACGAAGUCAGCAUCAUGGAGGAGUCCACCAUCUCCGAUAACUUCAUCUACGAGAUAGCUGAAGAACAGGAGAUCACUAUGGACGAGGUCAAAGAGAUCCCAGCAGAGACCAACAAGGAAUGGAUGGUGAACAUUAUACCCGAGGAAAAUAAGCCCAAAUACGCCUACAUCAAGCACUGCACCACCGGCAAGAAGAAGCGACACUUCACUGCGGAAAUGAACGAAAUUACGCUACAAGGUGACUACGAAAACUACUACAUCCUCCCCGACGCGGACCCGUCCGUGGGCGUGGAGAUCACCACCAGCUACGAGCCCGACAACUACAUCGUGGAGGAGUACGAGCACCUGGUGCUGGAGGAGCGCCCUCGCAAGCGCAAGGACGCGCCGGCAGACAGCGGCAGGAAGAAGAAGAAACGGCUCAGCUCCUCCAUGAGGGAACAGGUAAAGCAGAUAAAAUCGGAAAUCGCCGAAGACUGGGUGAUAGACAACAGCAUAGUGUACGAGCAGGACGAGGACUUCGACGAGAAGAAGGGCUCGCCGCGCGUACGCCGGAAAAAUAAGAAAUACCUCGGGUACGACUUUGUCACGUAAAUCUAGAUACGGCGGUUUCAUCCAGCGCAAGCAUAACAUUUUUUACCUACCCAGACCGGAUAUCACCGGCCAAUAAAGUCACAUUUGUCAAGGUUUUGAGAAAAAAUAGAUACUGUGGUUUAAUCCAGCGCAGGCAUAACUUCACCUUUCAGUUUCAGACGUAAUUUUUAACCUACCCAGAACGGAUAUUUCCGGCCUAAAAAAGUGCCAUGGUGCGUUCCGAUAAGGUUUUAUAGCGAUAGGCGUAGCGUUCACAGAAAGGGCCUCCCCACACUACGAGUAGCGUCUCCCGAGCGUCGGCGUGUAGUCAACGCUAUGGCUGCUGCUCGACGCAGCGUUAGCGCAACUGCGCAGCGACGCCAUUUUCAAUAGCGCUGACUAGACGCCGACGCUCAAAAGACGCUAGUGUGGAGUUUAACCCUCAACUCUCUGUGGUGUAAACUUGCUGGCUAAGCAAAGACCUUGUAGUUUUAAAUUUAUAUUCUGUUUGGUGUCCCGAUAUUACGUCAGGAAAGAGAUAUUAAUGGGGUUAAAACUACCAAUAUAUUAAUACAGAGGGUGCUGUAGGCGUUUAUCGUCAUUAGUAGAAAAGAGACGGAUAAGGUUUCCACGACAGUUGUGCUAGCGUCUUUCUAAACAUGGUGCGUAGAGAAAAUGCCAAUCGUUCACGCUCCGCUGCGUAGCGUAGUUAUCUCUAUCAUUCUUCCAUAUUAGUGCGACAGAGACAGUAGCGUUUCGUUCGCUACGGAACGUUAACGAUUGGCAUGUUAUCUACGCAUCCAGAAGAGAUAGCAAUGUGUCUGUUUAGCGAGUUCCAGAAUAAACUUGCUUUUUUUAAAUGUUGGAUGAAACCAAUUUUUGCCUUGUUUAAUAUAACAAAGUAAGGGAAGUUUGGAUAUAGUAGUCCUUUAGUUCUUUAACUAGUAAUCUUUUUUGGGUUUAUAAAUGCUUAAAACUUUAAAAAAAUAGUUUACACUAUACACAUAAAUAUAUUAAAAUAUGCACACAUUGCCUAAGAGCCACCCCACACUCUAGCAUCUUUUGAGCGGCGACAUCUAGUCAGCGCUAUGGAAAAUGGCGUCGCUGCACAGUGGCGCCAACGUUGUGUCGAGCAGCAGCCAUGGAGUAGACUACACGCCGACGCUCGCGAGACGCUAGUGUGGGGUGACCGUAAAAUACCUUUUAAAGUAUUCAUGUGACCUCUAUGUCCAAACUUCAUACCCUUUAGAUAUAUAUAUAUUUUCUGUUUACCCUAAAUGUCGAUAUUUGCUUUGGUUGAUUCCUUUAUUAUAGGAUAUUGUAACGGUUUUAUAUGUGAACGUAAAAACAAAUAUAUUUUUUUGAAUACAUCGAGACUCCAAAUAACCCGUACUAAUACUAAAUUUCUAUACCCAAUAAAAGUUAUAUCACCUACUACUACUGGUUUUAAAAGGAGUAACGUAAAUGUCCCAUUGUUGGACUCUGACCCAGUAGUUGUCACCUUCAAUUAGACCUAGAAAUAUUUCUAGCAAAAACUAGUGAUUGACAUAAUGAAAAAUCGAUAAGCACAGUCAAAGAUAAAUAUAUAAAAGUAAAUUAUAAUGUUAUACACAUACUCACCGAAAAGUUAAAAGAUAAUUCAAACCGACAUAUAUAUUUCCCCUAUUUAUCUGUAAAUAAAAUAAAAAACUUGGUGGAUAUUUUUUUUCGCUAAGAUGUAAAAAGAAAUAACGUUUCGUGUGCAGAAACACACACGCAAUCUUUUUACACACGCAAUGUUAUAUAACAUUCGUAGCUCCUUAUUACCUCAGUAGGGCUAAGAUGGUCAGCUGUCUAUCAUUUGUCACCAUACCUGUCACGCUCUAACAAAUAUGUAAGUGCAAAAGUGACGCAUGAUAUGACAAGUGACAAAAACACGACCAUGAUACCGCUGCAGUAGGGCUAAGAUGGUCGGCUCUUUAUCAUUUGUCACCAUGCCUGUCACGUACUUGUGUAUGUAAGUGUGAAAGUGACGGGAAUAGUGAUAAGCGAUAAAAAUGGAACCAUGGUGCCACUGCAGGAAUGCGUGGUUAAAAUCUGUCGGGUUAUAUGGGCCCACGGUGUAUAGUUGAGGUACCCACGUAUCGAUAACAGUUAUGUCGAUAUUUAAUUUUGUCAAUCACUAGUUUUUGCUCAAAAAAAAUCUAGGUCUAUGACAAACGGGCUGUCAUUGUUCAAAACUGUUGGUAUUGAGCUACCAGACUAGAACAUUUAAUUUAUACUUCUUUUAUCACUGGGCGAUUGAUGUGAUAUACUCAGGUGUCAGUUCCGUAUGUCAUAUCUGACAUUUGGCAGUUUUAUAGACACCGUGUUGGAGGUUCUGCCAUCUCGUGACCUAAAUCGAAAACAAAAACAAUUCACGCGUCUAAGCAGGUGCUGCCCCCUUCACGAAACGCUGGCUGUAUUUCACAUAGUAGGUUCUGCCAUCUAGUGGAUUAAAUCUAAAACUAGAAACUUGACAUAAUGUUUCGCGCCAAUGAAUAGGGGGAUUCUGUGUUACCCUCUAAAGUUCAUGUACGCUAUCUUAGUGCGCCUUAUCCUCGAAAGGCCCAAGGUCCUACCUAUAGGACUUAUUCAUUUCAAUGAAAUUCAAAUCAUAUUCAAUUGGAACAGUUGCAUUUGUUUUGUUCAAAACAAAAUAAAAUCAACUGUAUUCCCUGCGCUAUAGGUUCAAAUUUCAGUGACAAAUUUUGGAUUUUUCAUUUGUAUGGCUGUGCCUUAAAAGGCUAUGGCGCUCUUUACAAAACUAUUGAAAUUGAUUUAUUUUGUUUCAGAAAUAAACUAACCUAAAAUGACAAAAUGGACCUACAAGUUGAUAUAACACUUACUCGGUAAGAAAUGGUUAAAGUCGGGUUACUGGGGCCCACGUUGUAUGUUUUAGUUUUCGAACCGAAGAAUUAUUGAUUGUAAUGGAAAUUUAGUUAAAGAAAAAAACAUGCCUUUGAAUGUCAGCUGGAAAAGGUGCCGCCAUGUUUUGUGGUCGGUGAAUUGUCAAAAAUACUGUUUUUAUACAGUUAUCGGAUAAUAUAUAUAGCGCCGUACAGCACCAUCUACAUUAGCUGUCACAUUAUGAAGCAUGAAUUUAUCUUAAACUUUAUACAUCUAUAGUAUUUUUCAAAUGGGUACGGUGACAGCUGUCAUCUCCAUACAAUUAAUAACGAUAAAAGUCUUAAAACGCAAAAUAUGUGUUGAGAUGACAGUUCUCACCGUACCCGAGCUGUGUGAAAAAUACUAUAGUACAAUCAAUCUUUGAUUUAAACGCAUCUGUAGUAUAAUUGUGUCGUUCUCAAGCAAAAGGUACCACAUUGUCGCUUGCCAUAAGGACGCUCUGACAGGUUAUUCGUAAAAAGAUAUGAGCGAAUUUCGUCCUCAUGGUAAGCGACAAUGUGGUACCUUUUGCUUGAGAACGUCACAAUUUAGUAUUAAAACAUAUAAAAUCGCUGCAGUAUGUGUGUAUGUCGUAUGUUCAAUGAAUUUGUAUGAAUGCCUUCCUUGUCAGUUAUAUCUAGUGUAAUAUUUUUCAUACACCUUGGGUACAGUGAGAACUGUCAUCUCUAUACAAUUUCAUUCAUUCAUUCUUUUAAAAUUAGGGCUUCAGUCCAGUGGGACUAUUUCGCCAGUAUCAAGAUAUUAGGAGCUUUAAAUAUGAUUAAAAUUGUACGAUUAGUACAAGACAGUGUACGGUGAUUUUAUCAGCUGAACUUUACAAGUAGCAUUUGGACCGAUCGUUGACUCCAAAAUGGUGGUUAAAUGCGUUCCAAAAAUUCUCUAUUCACUGCACAUUACCACAUUAGUUAUGUAUAAUAAGCUAUCGAUAUUACACUUUAAGAGGCUGUUAAUACCUAAAGCGCGCACACUGUCUAUUUGUAUCGGAGUAAAUGAGAUAGCAAUGUCGCAUGUUACUGGGCCUGGGCAAGGGAAUAAUAAGAAAAAUAUUUAAAUAAAAAAAAGUGGGUUAUUAGUAGAAUAUUUUACUCAACCACGGUUUAGAUAUAUAUGUUUUGAAAUUGUGAUUUUAAUUGCAGACCCAUAAGUCAAAACAAUAAAGACAUAGAACCGUUUAAUUGUGAUUUUAAGACCAAUCUUUGCAAUUAUUUUCUAUCGAGCCGAUUUCGUUCAAUCAUGUAUCGAGUACAACCACGGUCUUUGAAAUAUAAUUAAUAUGAACAUAUAUUUUUCUUACUUGACUAAAACAAAUAGUCUUUCUUAAAAAACUGUUUAAGUUACAUCAAUUUCAAGGACGUUGGAUGUUGACAGCCUCUUAAACAAUAUUAAAACAAAUUAAUCACGAGGCUAUCAAGAUGGCGCUUGAACCGAAAGUCUCCAUACAAUUUCCAAAUGUUCAUGACAGCUGUCACCGUACCCCAGCUAUGCGAAAAACCGGAUCCCUUUGUUUGAUAUAAUUAUUGAAAGUCAUAGAUUAUCAUUAAUCAUAAUUCUGAAACAGUUAACUUUUCAGGAUUUUCGUAAGGUAAUCCUAUAGAUAGGUUAGGAUAGGUUUGUUUUAUGGCAAUCCUGAAAAGUUACGCGUUUCUGAGAAAAAAAACAAAUUAUGACUAACGAAAAUCCGGACAAAUAAUACAAUAUGACUUAAAACCAUUUCGAAAACAAUAGAGACCCGAUAGAAAUACUAUAACUUGUACUUUAUGUACUGAUAAUAUUUUUGUGCAAUAUGACAUUAAAAAUUAAUUCAUAAACAAAACGAUUAUGUCCAAACACUCCGCAUAAUAUACCAUAAAUAUUGGGUAUUGUUUUCAUUAUUUUAGAUGAACGCAAUAAAAAAAAUGCUUGAGAUUUGUCUUUGUAUAUCGACUUGACAGAUUUAUUUCCAAAAAGUUCAUUUAAGAUAUUCAUUAAGUCAGACCAAUAUAAGUUGGCAGUGAUUUUGAUAGCCCAGCGUGUGCAAGUGUUAAGUAAACAUCAUAAUUUCGUUCGUACAUAAUUUCAAACGUUAGAAGUUUGAGGUUUAAAGUAGGAAAGAAGCGCUGGUGGCCUAGCGGUAAGAGCGUGCGACUUGCUAUCCGGAGGUCGCGGGUUCUAACCUCGGUACCAAUAAGUUUUUCGGAACUUAUAUAUGUACGAAAUAUCAUUUGAUACCAGUCGCUUUUCGGUGAAGGAAAACAUCGUGCGGAAACCGGACUAAUCCCAACAAGGCCUAGUUUACCCUCUGGGUUGGAAGGUCAGAUGGCACUUACGUAAACUAGUGCCUACGCCAAAUCUUGGGAUUAGUUGUCAAGCGAACCCCAGGCCCCCAUGAGCCGUGGCAAUAUGCCGGGACAACUGAUGAUGAAUUGAAUUGAAAUUGUAAAAUCGCUGCCAACUUGGUCUGACUACUUUUUUUGUGAAGAUCAAUGAAAUCAAAAUUGACAAUACAUUAUGUAAAGUGUAUUCAUUAUUUUACAUUAUUAUAUAUGUGUCCCAUAUAAAUAUAAACUAUAACUUUAGCGUGGUUUUGUAUUGGUUGACACUAACGCUGAAUUUUGUAAAAUAGAAAAUAAGUUACCAACUAGUUUGGCUUGUAAACCGAGUUUUUAUCGAAUAUAUGCAAUAAAAACAAAAAAAUAUCAUUUCAGUAAAACCCGCUAAAUACGAUUUUACACGUUUUUUUGACAGGUUUAUCGCUUUCUUGCAACCAUAUUUGGCAGUUAUAAUAUUAACUCUAUUGAUAGCUAUUAAAGUUCAUAUUUAAAUAACUAUUUAUGACAUGCGUUAAGAGGGGAGAAUCGUUAGUCUCGCUUUUGAAUUUGUAUCCUUGAGGUAUGUAAUCAAGGUUAAAAUUACGUUUUCGAUUAAAGCCUUUAUUAGGGGUUAUUCCCACUAAUUACCACCAAGUUGUUACCAGUGGUAACUACUGGGAAAAAAAUCCCACUAGUUACCACUGGUAACAACUUGGUAGUAACUAGUGGGAGGUCCCUUUAUUAGGGCCUCUGGGACUCAGGAGGAUACCACGUAUUCCUCCAAAAAGAGAAAAUAUUUUUCCACUUCUAGAUAUUUUCCAUGCUCCAUGAUUUUUACAAGCUUUUAUUUUAUAUUUUAUUAUUUAUUUAACUUGCUCUGUAUGGGACAAAUCUUGCCAGUUUAAUUUGACCCACUUCCCGGUUUCCGAUGAAGCUGAAAAUUUGCAUACAUAUGUAAGUCGGGUGACAAUGCAAUAUUAUGGUACCAUCGAGGUGAUCUGAUGAUGGAGACAGGAGGUGGCCAUUGGAAGUCUGUAAUAAAACAACGCAACGUAAUGUUUGGGGUUUUUAGCAUUGCCUCGAUGAGUAUCAAAAAAAGUACAGUUCUGUGGAAAAAAGUACAGUCAGCGAUAAAAGCUUUUAUAGCUGACUGUACUUGUUUCCAAAAAUAUUUUUUUUUGCCAAAAACUUAUUUAGUAUGUUAUUGACACAAUAAAAAACUAGGUUUUACUUUUUUUCAAAACUUUGCAAUAAUCAAUUUUUUUUUGUAAAGCGAAACCUAUAAACCUAAAAUAUAUUAUGCUGAAGCGAUCAACAUCAAAAUCAAAGUGAUUCGUUAAGAUUUAGUUAGUGGAAACCGUUUUCUCCCGAAAUGGAAAUUUCAUAGAAAAAGUACCGUUAUUUCGUUAGGAUUGCACAGCUAUUCUUCCCUCUUAAGGGGUUUUGAUGUGGUCCCUUGAGAAUCGUCUUAAGCUGGUUUUACUGUAAUUCAAUUUUUAAUACCUGGCUGGUGGAAGUUAAUAUUUCAUUUUAUAUGAACUAAAAACACAUGUCGUAAUACUAGUUUUUUUUUUUAAAUUUCAAACUCUGCUUAAACCAUGGCAUAUUCUAAGUUAGUAUAAAAAAUCAAGCAAACCAUGUUUUUAAAUAAAUCAUAAUUUUGAUGAAUUCAGUAUGAUGUGAAUGCGUUGACUAUUCCACAGACCAUAUAAAGAACUAAACUGCUCAAGUGUUAUUACGUGUUACGUUUUAGAGGUGCUAUGUACUGAACACCACUCAAUCGCGCACCCAUACGUUCUGUCAGAUGAUUUUUAAUAACAACGAAAAUGCCUCAUUACGUCAUAAUCAAUUAUACAUACAACAGCUGUCAAUCGGACGCCACGUCACCCAAGUGUCAAAACUGAAACUGAACUUUAUGCAUAUGCACGUAGGUCUAUAUUGCUCUGCGGUCUGUGACGGAUUAAUCCGUCUUCAGCGUUGGAUUCGGUGCGGAUAUAUCCGUCAUUUGCGUCAAAAAGGUUAAGUAAGCUGUUUUCCCAUUUAUGGUGCUCCCACAUUGGCUGUUAUAAAAUGUUAUAUAACAUCGUGUGACAGGGACAACAUAAUAAAGCACUAUCAAUAUUAUUAUGCUGUCCCUUUCACACGAUGUUAUGUAAUAUUUUAUAACAGCCAAUGUAGCACCAUUAUAGCUCUCGUAACGUCAUUGUAAGCCCAGUUUUCAUACCCUAGAUAUUAUAAAUACAGCUCGAUUGUCUAAUAUACAGGGUGUAAUCGUUAAGUGUGGCCAGGCCAUAAUUCCGUAAAUAUAACAGAUACCAGAAAACUUCCAACUGAUAUCGAAAGUGCGUUACCCAAUGAGUAAAAUUACAUUAAAAACUUUUUUUGAAUAGAUGAAGUAAUAUUAAAAAUACUAAGUUAAAACACUCCCAUACAUUUAGUAUGACGACUUACAGCCUCAAAGAAUGUCGGGUGUCAUAAGAGGUAAAACUGUUUGAGAUUCGUUAUUUGUACGAAUACAUUGUAAUAAAAUAAUAAAACUACCACUUAUGAAAUAAUUACUCUAACAUUUAUUUUGAAAUGAAUAAUUAUUUUAUUUACAACAGUUGCUCGAUGUGACGUCCUUCUUGUGCGAUACAUACACGGGCCCUCCUAACUGUUUCUAAAUGAUGAAGAAAUGAUAAUUAAUUGAUAUGGAGUAAGUGGUUAACAUAAGAAAAUUCAUGAAUCAUUUGAUAACGGUGAAAUGCCUCGGCCGUAUAAACUAGUAUUUGAAUGAACGGCUUACCUACUAAAUGUAUGGAAGGGUUUGAAGUUUAUAUUUGGGAUAUUUCUGCUUUUAUUAAAAAAAAGUUAUGAAUGUAAAUUUACUCAUUGGGUAACGCACUUUCGAUAUCAGUUGGAAGUUUUCUGAUAUCUGUUAUAUUUACGGAAUUAUGGCCUGGCCACACUUAACGAUUACACCCUGUAUACUACCUAAUAUGUCUGAUUUUGUACUACGUGAUAGUUACAAUAGUACAAAAUAGUAAGGAUUAGGGCAUAUUCUGUAUCGUGUUCUUAUAAGGAAAAAGUAGAAGAAUUUUUUUUUAUGCGAAUGGGCCAGGUUGUCCAAGUCGGCUAACCCUCCAUAAAAAGGCUAAAAAAAUUUCGCGACAAAAAAUGUUCUACUUUUUCCUAAUCAGUAGGGCUAAGAUGUUCGGCUUUUAUCAUUAGUCAGCAUGCCUGUCACGUUCUAACAAGUAUAUAAGCGCGAAAGUGACGGGCAUAGUGGCAGGUGAUAAAAAUUUAACCAUUGUUGCCACCGCAGAACACGAUACCGAAUUACAUUUUGUUUUGACCAAUUGUUUUAUCAUUUUAGUAUCUGAUUUAUAAAACGGAUUAGGUGUGCAAAAACCAUCACAUUUGGUUGUCAUAACAUUGAGGUGCGGUAUCUAGUUCAAUCUAUGGUCUGUGAUUAUACUGAUUAUAUCAUUAUGUAAAUAUCGAGUAGAUUUCAAUAAUUAAACAUAAUUAGGAAGAAAACGUUACGAAAUGGCUAAAGAAGCGUGUAAAUACAAUGCACCUAGAAACUAGUCAUUGGGAUAGAGGGCUCUUAAAUACAACUAUAAUAUCUAAAAUACAGUAGGGCCUGCAGGCGUCCAUAGGCUGCGGUGACUGCUUACCAUCAGGCGGGCCGUAUGUUUGCCACCAUCGUGGUAUUAAAAAGGGCCUUUAUAAUCGAUGCCCUAGUCGAUACGCCCUGGCUACGCCCUUGGAGGCCCUACUGCCCGCGUAGCCAACUUGCAUAUCGUUCACGCUCCGUGGCGAACGAAACGCAGCUAUCACAGUCGCACUAAUAUGGAAGAGUGAUAGAGAGAGGUGACUACGCUACGCUACGGAGCGUUAACGAUUGUAACCUUGGUUACGCGGCCUGUAGUCCAAAAGAUUGUAGCCACAAAGAUGACCACAUACGCGCCAAUAGAAUUUCAACUUUAGUAUUCCGAUUUAAGGUUCAAAUUAGAUGCCAUUUCGGGGAAUGUGACUUCGUCACUAAAUAUAUUAUCAAAGCUGGAUUAAUUGGUAUAUAUGCGCCAUUUUCAACCAAAAGGGUACUUAUUGUCGGUAGUCAAUAAGGCGCUAUUUCUAUAUAGCUUCAAUUUGAAAUCAACCUUAUCGACAACUGACACCUUUUGUCUGAAAACGUCACAUCUUUGGAUAAUUUGGGAAAACCUUGAAAAUUGGUGCGGCCUGGAAAAGGGUUACAUUCUGUUCAUGACAAAACAAUGUCACUGAAAGAAAUACAUUUUUAAUUAUUGAUUUAAAAGUCCACUUUUGAAAGUACCCGUCUUUCUAAAUUAAUCUUAAAUACAUUGUCUGAAUAUACAUAUUGUACCAUUUAAGAGUCACCCCAAACUAGCGUCUUGAGCGUCGGCGUCUAGUCAGCGCUAUGGAAAAUGGCGUCGCUGCGCAGUUGCGCCAACGUUGCGUCGAGCAGCGGCCAUAGAGUUGUCUACACGCCGACGCUCGGGAGACGCUAGUGGAAUUUCAUGAUAAUGUUCCUUCAAAAAAGAGCCCUAAAGUUAUGUAAAAAUCGAGGCUGGACUGAAUCGUAAGAAAUAAGAUAGACCAAGGAUUUGUGUAGCCAAUGUCAAAAUAUAGUUAUUUAAUUAAUAUAUACAUAAUAAAUUAAAGAAAAACUGAACAGACAUCAUCAAAUACUGCUUUUAUGUUCAGAAAAAUACAUAGUCACGGCCAAAUGGGAAUACACCCACAAAACAGUUCAAAUGUCAUAAUAGGGUUGUUUCCAAUUUUUUGAAACGCUUGUAUUACGUUCUAUAGUAACUAAAAGUGGCCCUAAAAUUCGACUUUUAUACUAAAAACGGCUUUAAAUAUGUUAAAUUAACAAAAUAUAUUUUGACGGAUGUUUUCGCGCCCAAAACGCUCUUUGAAAAUUAUGUGACGUCACAGUUUACGGCUUGACACAUAACUACAUACACACGUAGAAGAUACGAGCUGUCAACUGACAUUUGUCAUUUGUUGAUUAUCGCCUAACUGUCAACAGUGUCAAUUCGAGAGUUGUGACGUCAUCAGAAUCUUCAAAGACGUUUCGAGUUUGGUCACGUGACGUGUGCCAAAAGAUAUCUUAAAUUCAAUAUUUACAAAAAUAUGGUCAUUACAGGUCCCCUGAAAGUAGUUUAACAUGUUCUUAUAAUCCAAAAGAGUUUAUUGGGAUACAAUUCUGCCCUAAGAUUUGUAGAUGGAAACAACCCUAUUGUUUGUUGGUAAUUAUGGAUCAUAUUUGUCCGUAUAUAUUUUUAAAAAUAAUUAUUAUAUCAGUUCGUACAUUUCAUUGGACAUUAGGUUUGACGUUGGCUACACAACAAGUAUGUAUAAUUAUGUAAGGAAUCCCUAUAAGAAAAUGUAGAACGGAAACAAAUAUCGACAUUUUAUUAUUUAUAUUAAAACGCGUUGUAAAUGUUUAUAAAAUAACUUGUUAGAAGUGAACUUAGUAGAAAAUGUUUUCAUUACAUGAACUUUUUGAAUUCAAUUCAAUUUUAUUUUGCAUCAGACAUAAUUAGUCCAUAGAAAUGACUACGCCGCCGACGCCGUGUCAAACACAAAAGCUGUCACUCGGACGCCACGUCACCGAAGCGUCAAAACUGAAAUUGAACUUUAUGCAUAUGCUCGUAGGUCUUGCUCUGUGGUUUGUGACGGAUUAAUCCGCCUUCGGCGUUGGACCUACGGUGCGGAUAUAUCCGUCAUUGGCGUCAAAGAGGUCAAGUUUAAAUGUCUUUCUAGUACAUUGAAAAGACACGUUUAUUUUGAAGCGUACUUGUAAGCUCACUUGCAACCGCUCAGAGCCGUGUACUUGUUUGUCACAAUAUUGUUUAUUCACUUCUAUAUAGUUAUACGCGGAUAUAUAUGUUUGGUGUUUUUCAUAUUUUUAAGUCAAAUCUGGUUUAGUAAUAAAAAAAAUAAGCACAAUUAUCUAUUUCGUUGUUUCUGGACGAGAGAAGAACGGCAUGUCAAAACUCACGAAACGAAUACAUAGUUAUGUAUUUUUAUUACUAAACUUGAUUCUAUAAAUAACAUAUGUUCAAACGAAACUUGUGUUUCUCUUUUACUCUUAAUAAGUAGAGAGAAGAGUCAUUUGAAAUAAAUUAAGAAUACAGAUUAACAAUAAGAUUUGUACACUUCACAGUAUGGGAUUUAGAUUUGAUUUAAAAAAAAUAUAAACAGUCAUACAAAGCUAACUCAACUCAGAUAUUGACUUAGGACUUAUUUAGACGGCGCAAGAACUCGCAUGCGAGUUUCAUUACAUUGCGGUAUUCGAUCGGUCGGCCGAAUUAGGUGUAACCUGAUAGUCCGUAAUGUAACUAAAAUCGCAUACGAUUUCGCUUACCGUCUAAAUCAACCCUUAACGUCAAAUUCAUAUGAAAACAACGUGAAAUUCCACACUUUGUUACUGAAUAUGGUGCAGAGAUGGACAUGAUCUUGUAUUUUUUUUAGUCAAAUCUUAAGUCCAUAAAAAUUUCGUUAACUCAUGUCGUAUUUAAAUGUACAUUGCCGGAUAUCGUUUCAUUAUUUACCUAUCUAAGAUAAUUAUAGAAUUUUACCAAGUAAUGUUUAAUCAAAUCGGUUACGCCGGUAAAUUAUGUAUAAGGCUUGUAACAUGCCGCAUUGUGGCAUGCCACAAACAUAUACAUAUAUGUAUGCUUUCGCUAGAAAGCACCAUAUUAUUAGCUUAAAAAUGAUUUAAUCGUGAAAAAGGUUUUUACUUCCUUUUAGGUUUUUACAGUUUGAACGCAACUUUACGGCAAGAAUUAAAAAUCUUUAAUUGGCAACUUUUUCGGAUUACCCCGCAAAUGGUCAUGCAAUAAACAAAUCAAAAACCUUGACGUGGUUUUUUUUUUUCAAGCUAAUUAUGAGGGUUUUCUCUCGGUUAGCACACAACUCUAUAAUUGUUGAUAUGUAGAGAAAAUUUCAAGUAUAUUGUAUAACGCUAUUAAGUAUUCUUUUUAAUACAAUAAUGUGUAAAAACUGUCGCAUACGUCUGUCACGUGCCACAAUGCAACAUUAGCAAGCCAUUAGGCGUGUCCACACAGAGCGAGCAUACGACAAAACGGACAGUCUAGACAUGCCUCGGGAGGAAAACGCGCGCGCCAACUCGGCCGAGGCACGUCUACACUGGCCGUUUUGUGCGCGAGGAAAUUGCCUCGCGCCUUUUCUCACUCUGUGUGGAUCCGCCUAUUUAAAUUCGUUUCGACGAAUGCUGUUUUAUUACUGUAUAUUAUUAGUUUAUGUAUUGAGGCACUCUAUGUAAAUGUAGUUGCUUUUCUUAAUUAUAGAAUCGAGGAAUAUGUACUGUUAAAUGGUUUUACUAUGA